CGGGCCUCGGCGCGCGCCGACUCUGGUUCCGGGUCACAGGGCGGAAACGGCGAUUGGCUCCCGAGCCUUCCGCGAGAUUUGAAAUAUAACUCGCGACGGACUCUCACAGCUUCCAGACUGCUGCCCGGCAGGACAAUUCUUCAGUCCAGUCUGCGCCUAUCAGGUGUAUCCCGAGUCAGAGGAUGGCUGAGCUUAAUCAGAAGUCUAUCUUGGAUAUGAUUAAAGAGUUCAGGAGGAAUUGGCACUCUCUUUGUAACUCUGAGAGAACUACUGUAUGUGGUGCGGACUCCAUGCUGUUGGCAUUGCAGCUUUCCAUGGCGGAGAACAACAAACAGCACAGUGGAGAAUUUACAGUUUCCCUCAGCGAUGUCCUGUUGACCUGGAAAUACUUCCUACAUGAGAAGUUGAACUUACCAGUUGAAAAUAUGGAAGUGAUUGAUCAUUAUGAGGACAUUAGGAGGACUUACGACGAUUUCUUAAAGAAUAGUAAUAUGUUAGAUCUGAUCGAUGUUUAUAAAAAAUGUAGUGUUUUGAUUUCUAGUUGUGAAAAUAAUGCCAACAUAUCCCCUAGUCAACUACGGGAUUUUCUGUCUGGGAGACAGUAUGUAGUAGCUGAUGAAACUGAUCUUUAUGUACCAAGAUCACCAAUGAGUAAACACAACCAGGAUAAUGAAAAGGUGCAGUUACUAGCAAGAAAAAUUAUCUAUUCCUAUUUAAGCCUGCUAGUGAAUUCAAAGAAUGACCUGGCUCUGGCUCAUGUUCUCAAUAUUCCUGAUAGAGGACUUGGAAGAGAAGCCUUCACUGAUUUGAAACAUGCUGCUCAGGAGAAAAAGAUGUCUAUCUUUUUGGUGGCCACAUCAUUUAUUAGAACACUAGAGCUUGGAGGAAAGGGAUAUGCACCAUCACCAUCUGAUCCUUUAAGGGCACAUGUAAAAGGACUGUCUAAUUUUAUUAACUUCAUUGACAAAUUAGAUGAGAUUCUUGGAGAAAUACCAAAUCCAAGCAUUGCGGGGGGUCGGAUACUCUCAGUGAUAAAGAUGCAGCUGAUUAAAGGCCAGAACAGCAGGGAUCCUUUUUGUAAAGCAGUAGAGGAAGUCACUCAGGAUUUGGAUUUGAGGAUUAAAAAUAUUAUCAAUUCUCAACAAGGAGAUGUAGCUGUUAGUACCACUGACAUCAGUCCUGCACGGCCAAAAUCUUAUGCUAUAAACCAUGGCACUGCAUACUGUGGCAGAGAUACUGUGAAAACUUUACUAGUCCUUUUGGAUGAAGAAGCAGCCAGUAUGCCUACCAAAAAUAAAGCAGAGCUUUUAUAUGACGAUGAAAAUACAAUUCAUCAUAAUGGAACUUCUAUUCUUACACUUUUUAGAUCUCCCACACAAGUGAAUGAUUCAUCAGUGAAACCCCUAAGAGAACGCAUCCAUAAGUCAGUGCAAGAGAAAAAAAUUAAGAUGAAGCAAACCUUAAUUAGAUCCCAGUUUGCUUGUACUUAUAAAGAUGACUGCACAGUAAGCAAGGAUAAAUGGAAUGAUGUUAAUUCAACAUCCAAGACUUUGUAUGUGCUUCACAUGGAAAAUGACCUUUCUGAAGGUGUAAAUGCAUCUGUUGGAAGGCCAACAAUUGGAACAAGUUCUGGAAAUGUUCAUCUGGACAGAAGUAAAAGUGAAAAAGUAGCAAGAAAAUCAAGUAGUCAGACAGGAAAUAAAAGCUCAAAAAGGAAACAAGUGGAUUUAGAUGAUAAAAAUAAUCUCUGUGAUAAUGGAAAUGAACUACCUCAACAUAAAAAUGUUAAGAUACCAGAGACAUCAAACAAUUUCCAGAAUAAAUUAUGCGGCAAAGUAGCCAGAGUAGCAAAAAACAAGUGUACAGCCAAGGACAAAUUGAUUACUGGCCAGACAAAGUUAACUCAAUUUUUUCGACUGUGAAUUUGUUUUUUAUGUGCUUUAGAUUUCCGUAUGUAUCAAACUAUUCACCAAAAGCAUCUACUUAAUUUUUAAGAGAUCAAGGCGCAAGUUAUGAUUCUUUUUCAUAUUGGUCUGAAGUGUAUAUAAGGUUAGUAUGUUAAGCAUUUAAAAAAUACUAGCAAGUCGUUAUUAUGCAGAAUAUUCACAAAGUUUAAUGCACAGAUAAGGCAUAUCAUUUAGGCUACAGAUAUAUGUUAACAGCUGCUUUCUUUUAAAUCAGACACUUGAAGUAAUACAAGUCAUAGUAAUGUUAAGGGCUUUUUCCCCGACAGACAAUUGAAUGAUUUUCUUUUCUUCAGAAAAGAUGAUGUGGUCCAACAGGUUUCAGACUUGCCAACAAGGUCGAUAGACUCUUCCCAGCAUGCACCUGAGCACUGGAGGAAAAAAAGUUUGAAUUGUUUAAAGCACUAUUAUUAUCACACAUAAUUUAUUAGAAAUAAGAGAAUGGAUCUAAUACAGCUAAUUCUGAAUAAAUCAAAAUUAUAAUAACUCUUAAAUGCCCUUUAAUCCCACAUCUUCGGCAAGGGUCACUUAAUGUUAAGUGUAAUUGAACCAUGGUCUUAUUUGAUUUUGUUAAGAUUGGAUCCAAAUCCAGUAAACUCAGAGCUCUAUUUUUAUGGUAUUAAGAUAUAAGAAUUGAAUUUUAAAAAGACUACUCACUGUCAAAAUCUCUCCUUCCUAUAGGAAAUUUAGCUGAGUUUUCUUCAUCCCCAAUUUCUCUCUUUUCUUGUGUUGAUUCAGUAUUCUGAACUCCAUUCUCAGCUGGAAAAGCUACAGAUCCUUUUAGUGCAAGAUAAGGUUUUAUAGCCAGAUUCAGUGGCAGACCAUGAUUUAAGAAAUUAUGUUUGGAGCCUGUGUUCUGUAAAGAAAAGGUUGAUUUGUGUUUUAGCUGUCUUACUGGUAAUAGAACUAUAAUAUAUUUGUAUAAAUUCUCAUUGAUCAACUCAAAGAUCCUCUGCACUGUUUUGACUCUUUAAACAUACAUUAGAUACAAGUUUUUGGGGAAGAAAACUUUCAGAUAUGAGGUGUUGUCCAGAGUGGAAGAACAACCUGGAAUGUAUGAAAUUUCAUCAGUUGUCCUAAAGCAUAGUGUGACUGUAUAUACUUCUGUUUAUAAAAGUAUCAAUUUUACUUUCAAAGGUAUCAUAAAAAUCACUCAAAUUUCCAUUGAAGAAAGGAUAAGUCACAUUGCCACUCACCUUUGAAUUUUUGUUUUCCUCAUCGUUCAUGAAACUGCUCUCAUCAUUUUUAUAUUGUUCCAGAGAAGGAGCGACAACAGAUUUUUGUGGAGUAUCUUCCUUCUGAAAGGCUUUCCCCAGCCUGAAUGUAUUAAAUACCAUGUCAUCUUCUAAAUUUCUUAUGGACUUGGAUGCUGAAAGUAAAAUGCCUUGAGAAAACAGAGAAAAAGUUAGUAUUAACAGGUAGGAAGAGAGACUCAUUUUUGCCAUUCUUAGUUUGAUGUUUGCAUGGAGUCAAGUAAGGAUAUGUAAAAUGAAGAAAAAUUUCUCAGUCAACCUACUUUGUGGGUGAUUCCUACCUUUAUAUAUUUUCCAGGUUGAAUAGAAAGCACUUCAAAGACGUAGACUUUCAUCAUGUUAGAAAUGACUCAUCAGACAGAGGCUAACCUCUUGAAUAGCUGCUAAUACCUACAUUGUUUUGGUUUUAGUGGCAUAUUGUUUAUUUUGAGUGUGAAUUUUCUCAGAAUCUGAUUAAGAUCCUUGUUAGAAUGCUUUCUGUUGAGCAGAUUACAGUCUCUUGAAAAUGGAUUGUUAUUAAGGAAGACCAUAAGACACCAGGCUCUCCACAUUCUUCUUGUUUUCUUUUGUGUAUUUUCUGAUUAAGUAUGAUAUUUAAACUAAAGGUAUUUUAUUUAAAGUUGAUAAGGAUAAAAGUGUUAUUUACUUUUAAUCCUGAUUAAAUUGAAAUAAUCUUCAAAAGGAUUUUCUUUUAUAAAUGCUCAGUUUAGUCUUUGGUGAUUAAAGUAUAUAUGCCUGGGCCUUUUCUGUUUCCAUACAAAUUUAAGGACUAUUUGUUCCAGUUCUUUGAAAAAUGUCCUCGGUAUUUAUCGGG